AGCUGGACAUCUUCUUGGAUCAUGAGGAAGACAAAGUAUUCCUGGCAACCCUUAACUGGAAGAAGCAGUGAAUGGGAGAAAACAUCUGGGGAAGAUACAAGGAUGCUGCCCAAGGUCACACAUGAGGAGAGAAAGAUGCAGGAAUCAAAGAGGAAAGGGAAGCUGAAAGCAGUGGCAGGCAAAUUGCUAAAGGUCGUAGCUACUGGGAAAGAGGCAUCAAAGGAGAAGUCUGGCAGUGAGGAUGUGGCAGGGAAUUUGCUGAAGAUGGAAACCAGUAGGAAGGCAGUGGAGGGAAAGACACCUACAGAGGAAACCAUCUGUGGAUUCAUUGAGCAAGGAAAAUUUUCUGAAGCUUGUGAUCAUAUUUAUCAUCUGGAGCAUUCUGGAAAUGGUGAUGUGGGAAAGUCUGAGUCACUUUAUAUGCUACUGGCUGAACAGAUGUGGACUGUGGUGGGAGAAGUACUCAGUGGAAGUGGUAGGAUGCUCCUGGAGCCAUUGCAGUCAGUGGGGGAAUCACUGAAAUGGGAGAAACGGAAGGAAGCAGAGUGGUUUGGCAGUGGCCAAGAGAUGGAGUCUGUUUCCACCUGGAGUCCAAACUUCUGGAGGAAAGAUCUGGAGGAAAAACUACUACAGUACAUUACAGCCCAGAUUCCCCCAUCUGAUUCUUCUAGUAACACAGAUGAGAAUGCACUAAACUUGCAUCUGAGUCAGCUGGAAAUGACAUUUCUUCCCAACUUGGAGCACAGAAGUCAUGUCUUCAAAGAGGCAGGGCUGCUUGACACUUACACCUACUGCUGUCUUGCCUCUUUGUCUUCUCAUCUUUCCACACUUACUGAAAAUAACCAUUUCAGCUUCAGACAAUGUCUUUUACUUUAUGAAUGGUGCCUUAAAAUGCAUAAAAGUGGCAGUGAGAUAUUUCUGAGACCCAGGCAGACUCCUCAGCACAGCCUUUCCCUUGGCACACAAUGUCUCGCGUGGAUUAUUUUGAAGACUGAGGAAAAAUUACUUGCAGUCACUCGGAAGGAAGUAGGGGAAGCCCUGAAAGAAGCCUUUGAUAUUGGGAAGCCCCCUUGUGCAGAUGCUGCAGUCAUUCAGAUACUAACAGAGAAGAAGGAGGCUGCCUGUCAUGUCUGUGAGAACCUGAGCGAGAAGGUGGAAGCUGUAUGCCUGGAAGAGUGUCUGAGAUUCCUGGAGAGCUAUGAAAAUGAAGUAAGAAGCUUUCUCCAGCUUGAUGUCUGCCCAGGGAUCUGCAGUAGCUUACGAAUCCUGGAGAACUGCUGCAUUCUCAGGACUGUCUGGCACAAGCUAACAUACAUUUGCAGUGCCAGUACUAGUCAGGAUGUUAAGGUAAAUGGAUUUCUAGACAGGAUGGAAGAUGAGAUUAUGGAGCAUUUUCUGCAGAAAGUCACUUCUAAAGUCAAGAGAACGCUGAAGGAGCACUUCAAACAGUGUGACAGUGGUUUUCACCACAUCCUUGAAUCCUUAAGGCAAAGCUUUCUGGCAUUUGGCAAGAAAAAAACAGACACAUAUGAGGCCCUUGUCAAGGCUGUCAAUGCCACCAUUAUUACAGAAUACGUUCAGUUCCUCCUGACCACUUCCAGGAAACCAUCUUCUGUGCAGAGGAGGAGGAUUGUCAGCAAGUUAGAAGAAGAUCAUAGGAUGCUGCAAACCAUCUUUGAAGAGUGUUUAGGUCCUGCAGCCGGUCCCUACAAGGGCCCUAUAAAAGCAAUUUUAGAACUUAUUCAAACUUCUGAUGCUGAGGGUAUGAAAAUAGCCCUUCUGCCCAUUCUCAAAGAAUUUCCUGGUCUAAGGAAGGAACAACUGAGUACAGUGCUGGACAUGAAAGACUCGCUCAGACGAGAAGACAGAGCUGCUCUCUUGAAGGCAUUUCAUGACUGCAGGGAAUCAGAAACAGAAACAGACUUGCUUUUUGCAGAUAUAGAAGUAAAACCUAGAAAAUAUGGACUCUGUUGCUGCCUCUGCUGUUAGCAAAGGCCUGCAGUGAGAAUCAUGAGGUCUUGCUCCCACAUGGCAGCACGUGCAAUCAUGGCUCCUUGGAAGCUUCAGGGACCCAUGCAACCAGAUUCAUGAAGAAGCCUGACAGCUAUGGAAGACACAAUUCUUACACUUAUGAAGAAAAUCAUGUUGCCCAAAUCCUAAUCCUCUGUGCAAAGUCCAGGCAGGAGAUGAAUGAGAUAUGGCAGAAAGGCAUUCAGACUUUCCUAGAGAUUGUUACUUACCUGAGUCCUGGUGGUUAUUCCUAGGAUGUGGCAUGGUGGUGUGUGGAGAACAAGGCAGGUUGCCCCUCACCAAAUUUGUGUCUGUUAACAUCCUUUCAUGCAGUCUCACAUGAAACCAAGGACUGCUGCACCACAUGGUGCCCUGGCAGAUGACAUGGCAUUGUAACCUCCUCCAGAGACCCAGGACUCUCCAUCAUGGAAUUCUGCCUAGCCCAUGGUGCCAGCAGUGAUGUGAAUUUGAACACCUGGAUUCACUCCCUGAAGC